ACAGCGAGACAUUCGUGUGCACCAUUGCGCGAAAUCGUGAAAUAAACAAGUCGUUUAUGCUCGCAUACUUUCUUGUAAGUUGUAUAGCUAUGGUUAUAUAAAUCAAACCAAAGACGGCCGUUUAAACUCUUUCAAGAAAUUGGAAAAAAUAAGAGGAAGAGUAGCAGUACUUCAUUGGAGCAAUUCCAGCCAUUAUGGCCGUUCUCACGUUCCUCAAAAGUGCAUUGUCUCUCAAAGCGCUAUGGUUGACCCCCCUUGCCUUCAUCAUUCCAUGUUACUUGCUGGUGUACGAAUCGGACGGGCAGGACCCUGAACAAGCAACGGAACAGCAAGCCCGAUGCGCCUACGUGAUUGUAGUGAUGGCGAUCCUGUGGCUGACAGAGGCCAUCCCUAUCCCGGUGACAGCUUUGAUGCCUAUCUUCCUCUUCCCCCUCACCAAAACACUUCCCGCAAAAACCAUCAGUGAAUACUACGUCACUGACACGACAAUGUUGUUUCUUGGGGGCCUUAUCAUCGCUGUGGCGCUGGAAGAGACGGGGCUUCACACACGGAUUUCAUUGGGUGUCCUCAGAAUCAUUGGAGCCCAGCCUAUCAUCAUGAUGCUGGGCAUGAUGGGUACAACGUGGUUCCUGUCCAUGUGGAUCAGCAAUACCGCCGCCACCGCCAUGAUGAUUCCCAUCAUUACCGCCGUUGUUGGCGCCGUCAGGGAAGCCAGAAUUACCAGUAUGGAAGAAGGAGCAGCUGACAAUGAAGCGUUUGAAAUGGACAAAGAACCUGAAACCAAUGGCACAGUUGACAACCAACAUGAAGAAUGUGAGGGCAAACGGUCAGGAAAGAAUGCCUAUAUUGUAAACACUCCUUCCCGGAAAGAUGGUAACACACAAGAAGCGGCAGAAAUGAAUCGGUUUGCGAAAGGACUGGCUUUGUGUGUGGCUUACGGAGCUAACAUCGGUGGGAUUGCCACUCUCACAGGAACGCCGCCAAAUUUAGUGCUGAAAGACGUGGCAGACAAGUAUUACCAAUCAUACGGAUUGACAGAGUCCCCUAUUUCGUUCGCAAAAUGGAUGGGGUUUGCCUUUCCUUUGUCCUUGAUGGUAUUUUUCGUUGGAUGGCUUUGGCUUGCCAUCAUUUUUUUGAGAAGCAGAGCCUUUAAAAGAAUUGACCCUCGAACUAGGAAUGCCGUCAACAGCACCAUAAAGCAACGGUUUGAUAGGCUUGGUAGAAUAACAAUGGCAGAGUCAUUGGUGCUUAUCGUGUUUCUUUUACUGGUGAUUCUGUGGUUGUUUCGGUCACCUCCGAACAUCGAUGGGUGGGGAAUAUUAUGGAUGUAUGAAGAAACUAAAACAUAUGUGAGCGAUUCUACCGCAUGCAUUUUGCUUGGGGUCGUGCUUUUUAUUAUUCCUGCAAAAGCCAUUAGGAGAGACGAAGCUGGUAUAGCUGAAUAUACUCCAAUAUUAAAUUGGUCGGUUGUGAACCAGAAGUUACCUUGGGGUGUCAUUAUACUUCUUGGUGGGGGAUUCGCUAUCGCCAACGCAAGUAAAGAAACUGGUCUCUCGGCUUUCGUUGGAAAUUGGCUAAAGACAUUCCAAAAUCUUAAACGAUGGGAAAUGAACAUUAUCAUUUCAAUUAUCGUAGCUGCUGCUACUGAAGUAACAAGCAACACAGCAACAGCACAGCUUCUUCUUCCUGUAUUCCAAGAAAUGUCGAUAUCCAUCGGAUACAAUCCACUUUACAUCAUGAUGUCAGCAACAAUCGCCUGUUCGUUCGCCUUCAUGUUGCCAGUGGCAACCCCGCCGAACGCCAUUGUUUUCUCUACUGGCUAUCUGACAAUACCUGAUAUGGCACUUGCUGGGCUUCCUAUGAAUGUGAUAGGUGUAUUGUGUCUGACUCUGGCUAUUAAUACGUGGGGUCAGUCCAUGUAUGACCUUGAUGUUAUGCCAGGAUUCUUGACCACGACGUUAGCUACUAACAUGACCACCAUCGCGACAACAACAAUACCAUCAAACUUUACAACUGUUCUGCCAAUGAAUUCCACGACCAUCACAUCGGCCUGUAAUUCAACAUCAGCGAACCACACCGACCUUGUAAUCAACACAAGAAGGCCCAUCUUGGACACAGUCAUGCGGGCUAGAAGUGUAAUCUCCCACAUUUGGGCGCUCAAGUCUAUCUGGGUCACAGUUCUUGCUGUCCUGUUGCCAUUGAAUCUGGUUCUCUAUCAGAGCGACAGCGACGAACCUUUAAAAUCAAGCGAAGAACUGAGGUCGCGAUGCGCCUACGUGAUCGUAGUGAUGGCGAUCCUGUGGCUGACGGAGGCCAUCCCGAUCCCGGUGACCGCCCUCAUGCCCAUCUUCCUUUUUCCACUAACGGGCGUACUUCCGGCAUCCGUCGUCAGCGCUACAUACGUUUCGGACACGACAAUGUUGUUUCUCGGUGGCCUUGUGAUCGCGGUGGCAUUGGAGGAGACCGGCCUUCACACUCGGAUAUCACUAUGUGUCAUGUUGCUGGUCGGGGCACGACCUAUCAUGUUGAUGUUAGGGCUAAUGUUAACCACAUGGUUCCUGUCCAUGUGGAUCAGUAACACCGCAGCCGCCUCAAUGAUGAUUCCCAUCAUCACCGCCGUCAGCAGCGCCGUUAGGGAAGUGAAAAUGAAGUCGGGUGUACAUAGUGGACACGAAAACGAAGCAUAUGACAUGGAAGGCAUUGAAGAAAACAAUGGCGUAAAGUCUAAGGGCAAUAAAUACGUCAUCAAUAAGCAAACUGGCAGUUCGGCUCAGGAGAGGAAAAGUACCAGGGAAACGACGAAAGGUGAAGAGCAGAAAGAAAAUUUACGCGAACUGUCGAAGAGCGAAGAGAACGAAUUGAGACGACUAUCAAAAGGACUGGCUUUGAGUGUUGCAUAUGGGGCCAACAUUGGUGGAAUAGCAACGCUUACCGGAACACCACCAAACCUUGUAUUGAAAAAUGUUGCUGAUGAAUUUUAUGCACAAAACGGCCAGGGCGACUCCCCUAUUUCCUUCGCCAAAUGGAUGGGUUUCGCCUUUCCAAUGUCUUUGAUUACUCUGUUUAUUGGCUGGCUAUGGCUGGCACUCGUCUUUCUCAGGCUGAGUUGCUUUAGGAGAAUGGGUGCAGAAGCGAAACUUGCCAUUGGAAAAAUCGUUAGAGAUCGAUAUAAAAAACUGGGGCGAAUCUCGAUGGCAGAAACUCAGGUUCUUGUCGUAUUCAUAUUUCUAGUCAUAUUAUGGCUCUUCCGUGCACCUCCUAAUAUAGAUGGUUGGGGCAUUGGCUUCAAGAAAGAUGAAAAAGGAAAAAGUUACGUGAGUGAUUCCACAGCUUGCAUACUGUUAAGUGUGGUUCUAUUCCUGCUACCUGCAGAAAAACCUAACAUCUUCUGCUGGUUCAAGGGAGGUCGACCAUCUUACAACCCAAUACUCAAGUGGGCAGUUGUCGCCAACAAGCUGCCUUGGGGUGUCAUUGUACUGUUAGGCGGAGGGUUCGCCAUUGCCAAAGGCAGUGAUCAAUCCGGGUUAUCAGAGUGGCUAGGUAACGAGCUAACGUUCUUCCAGAAGUAUGAUCCCUGGGUGAUGAAUCUCAUCAUUUCCCUAAUCGUUGCCGGGGCAACAGAGGUCACCAGUAACACAGCAACAGCUCAACUUCUACUGCCUGUUUUAAGAAAUAUGUCCAUCUCAAUCGGCAUACAUCCACUGUAUUUGAUGAUAUCGGCGACGAUUGCCUGCUCUUUUGCGUUCAUGCUUCCAGUGGCAACACCACCAAACGCAAUUGUCUUUUCAACUGGCGUCCUAUCCAUACCAGACAUGGCUCUUGCAGGUUUGCCCAUGAAUAUCAUUGCCAUUAUGUGUUUGACAUUUGCUAUAAACGCUUGGGGAAAGCCCAUGUUCGACCUAGAUACGUUUCCUAGUUUCAUCGAUACAGAUACUAGAACAACAAUAUUGUCCUCACCAGUUUGGAAUACCACAAUGUCUGCAUUAACAACCGUUUCACCUUAAGAUUAUUCGAAUAUGAAAAUUGCAUAUGCAUGCUAUAUUUUCUUAGAGAUACACAUCAAUGCCAACAAUGAGUUAUAAUCGUCUUGUUUACGUCAUUUUACCCUUAGAGGUGUGUUCUGAUGAAUACAGUUUAUGCAAGAUAUUGUGCUUUCUUGAUAUUUUGAAAUCGAUGGAUGUUUACAAAAUAAAGUAUAAACUUGUGUCA